UUCCCGAAAGGCCACGCGGCGAAGCUGGGGCGCCCAGGGAUGGGAGACGCGAUUGGACCGGCCCGCGUCACGUGACGGCGACUCCUCGAGGCCCCGGCUCGGACGGGAUGGCGGUGCCGCGCGGAAGGGGUUCUUGCGGGGCCUGGGGGAUGAUGUAGAAACGUGGGGAGGAGCUGAGGCCAGCUGCUGUCCCGGUCCUGCUGGCCACCGGAUCCAAGACUCUAGCGUUGAGUCCCUGCGCGCCCGCCGCCGUGCCACAGCGACCAGCAGCCCGUCGGCCUGGCCGGAAGAACCGCCCGCGCGAGCGGCCGCCGGACAUGGACACGCAGAACGCGGGCAGUUAUUCCCUUGAGCAAGCUCAAGCUUUUUAUUCAUUUCCAUUUCAACAAAUGAUGGCUGAGGGUCCUAACAUGGCAGUUACAACUGAACAACAAAUGCCAGCAGAAGUUCCUGCACCAGCCCCUGCCCAGGAACCUGAAUCAGAGGCUCCAAAAGGAAGGAAAAGAAAAGCCAGAACAACAGAACCCAAAAAACCAGUGGAACCCAAAAAACCUGGUGAAUCAAAAAAAUCUGGCAAGUCCACAAACUCAAAAGAAAAGCAAGAAAAAAUCACAGACACGUUUAAAGUGAAAAGAAAAGUUGACCGUUUCAAUGGUGUUUCUGAAGCUGAACUUUUGACCAAGACGCUCCCUGAUAUUUUGACCUUCAAUCUGGACAUCGUGAUUAUUGGCAUUAACCCAGGACUGAUGGCUGCUUACAAAGGGCAUCAUUACCCUGGACCUGGAAACCAUUUUUGGAAGUGUCUGUUCAUGUCAGGACUGAGUGAGGUUCAGCUGAAUUACAUGGACGAUCACACCCUACCAGGGAAGUAUGGCAUUGGAUUUACCAAUAUGGUGGAAAGGACGACACCAGGCAGCAAAGACCUUUCCAGUAAAGAAUUUCGUGAAGGAGGACGUAUUCUAGUACAGAAAUUACAGAAAUAUCAGCCACGAAUAGCAGUGUUUAAUGGAAAAUGCAUUUAUGAAAUUUUUAGUAAAGAAGUUUUUGGAGUAAAAGUUAAAAACUUGGAAUUCGGGCUUCAACCCCAUAAAAUCCCAGACACAGAAACUCUGUGCUAUGUUAUGCCAUCAUCCAGUGCAAGAUGUGCUCAGUUUCCCCGAGCCCAGGACAAGGUUCAUUACUACAUUAAGCUGAAGGACUUAAGAGAUCAGUUGAAAGGCAUUGAACGGAACACAGAUGUUCAGGAGGUGCACUAUACAUUUGACCUACAGCUUGCCCAAGAGGAUGCAAAGAAGAUGGCAGUGAAAGAAGAAAAAUAUGACCCGGGUUAUGAAGCAGCAUACGGUGGUGCUUAUGGAGAAAAUCCAUGCAGUAGUGAGCCUUGCAGCUUCUCAAAUGGACUGAGUAAAACCAAACAAAGCCCAGUAAUCUCUCACAAACUUUCGUCCCAUCGCCUCUGCUGCGUUCGUGUGACCAGCUCGUCGCACCUCACGAAACUCGCUGGACCAUACCCUGCUACUCUUGUGAUUUUCUAA